GAUAAAUUAAGUUUCGAUUGACAAUUCAAAAUGCGGGUAGCGAUACUUCACUUUAGCUAGCCAGUACUAAUUUAAACUAGUUCGGAAUAAGACUUACAAAAUGAUAUUAAUUUUAUUCAUCUUCGUUUGUGCAUUUGUUACUGUGAUGUACUAUUUUAAUGUGAAUAAAAAUUAUUGGAAAAAAAGAAAUGUUGUGCAAGUGAACUACGCUGCAUGGCAUUUUUUGCUUGGAAAGUGUUCGUUGCCAGAAGUUUAUAGAAAUAUUUAUAAUGCAUAUCCAAAUGAAAACUAUGUUGGGAUGUUCUUCAAUUCAAAACCUGUACUUGUUUUGAAAAAUUUGGAAGAUAUUCGAGCUGUUUUGAAAGAUUCACACUGCUUUCACUCCCGUGGAUAUUAUGUUAAUGAAAAAGAAGACUUGAUAGAUAACUUACUUUUAAUGAAUGAUUAUCACCGCUGGAAACUGAUCAGACAGAGAAUUUCACCAGUUUUCACUAUUAAAAAACUGAAAAGUAUGUCACGUACAAUAUACCAAUGUUCAGACAGUUUAAUUGAUUAUAUAAAGAAUUAUCAAUGCGAAAAUAAUAAGAGUGUAUAUGAAAAAUUUAAUUUUGUUGCCAUCGGAUCAGCAAUAUUUGGAGUAGAUUUUGUAACAAAAAAUGCUUUACAAUCGCCAUUUGUAAAUGCGCUGUGUAAUCCUCUCCCAUUUUUUCAUCGAUGUUUAUUUUCAUUAAAACUGAUAAUUAGCAUCCAAUUUCCAACACUGCUUAAGAUUCUAAAUAUAAAAAUAUUUGAUGAUUAUAAAAAUCUUAUAUUGGAAGUUAUACAAAAAGUCAGUAAAUAUCGUCAAGAGACCCAUGGAAAAAGGGACGACUAUAUAGACAUGUAUAUGGAAAUACAAAAUGAUGAAUCGAUUCAAGAUGCAACAGGAUAUAAAGUAAAUAUUGACCAGUUCGUGGCUUCCCAAGCAUUUUCGUUUUUUGUGGCCGGCGUCGAAACGACAGCAAACGCUGUAGAUUAUACAUUAUUAGAAUUAGCAAACAACAAACACAUUUUGCAGAAGGUUCAUAAGGAAAUUGAUGUAGUAUUUCAUAAAUAUAAGGAGCUUAACUACAAUAAUGUUGAAUCUUUGGAAUACCUAGAAAUGGUUCUCAGUGAAGCUAUGAGGAAAUAUCCUCCGAUUGGGUCUAUGCAACGAGUGGCAACUGAAGAUGCAAUUUUGCCAUCGAAUUUAAAAGUUACCAAAGGUGUAUAUGUUAUUAUCCCGAUAUACGCCUUGCAUAUGGAUACCAAGUAUUUCGAGGAACCAGACAAAUUCGACCCAGAAAGGUUUUCUUCGGAAAACAUUAAUAAAAUUAAAAAGUACACUUAUUUGCCCUUUAGUGGAGGAAAUCGUAUAUGUGUUGGUGCAAAGUACGCGCGGCUUCAUAUGAAAAUUAUGCUCGCUGUUUUGUUGCGAGAAUACACUUUGAAAGGUUGUAUGUAUAGGGUUACAACAUUUGAGCCUAAUUUAUUUACUCUAAGUGAUUCCAAUGUACAAUAUGAGUUAAUUCCCAGGGAGAAAAGAGUAUAAAAAUUAUACUAGAGGAAAAUAGAUUUAUGAUAUAUGAAAAUACUACAUUCAUUAAUUAUGUACACUUGUGAACGUCAAGAUGGGAUGGUUCUUUAUAUUAAAAAAAAAUAACUAUAUCACACUUUUCUAUAUAAAACAGUCACGAAGCUUAUAUAUAAAUAUGACUUUACUCAUAUUGGCAUAUGAAAAAGAGAUGAAAAGUUAUGAAAUAGCAAAAUUGACGUAAAAUUUAAUUUGUGUAUGACCAAUUUUCGAUGUAAAGUUAAUGUCAUUAAUAUUGUUAUCGUCCCACAGAGACUAAAUAAGUUUCAUAUAAUCUUAGAUAAGUUUGACUUUGUAGUUAUAAAUGGCGAUGAGCAAGGGCUGGGAUCCUGGGGAUCAUGUGGCAUGGACGGGGUAUGACUGUAUAGUUUUUUUUCAUUGAUACUGUAAUAAAAUAGCUUCUUUUAAGGCGGCGAUAAAAGGAAUAAAAUCAAUGGAAAGGAAUAAAAACAUAAAUUGGUAAUUUGAAAUGUUAGAUGAAAAAGACUAAAAGUUAUUACGUGUAUUUGAUAUACAAAUUUCAGGAAGUGUCGCACUCUUUAAAGUGCAACGUAAAAUUAUAUUUGAAUCAAAUGUUAAUAAAAACUAUGUUUUUUAUAUAAUUUAUUAAAAAAUAUCGAUUCUAUAUAAAAAAGUUGAUGAUAACAGCAAAAUCUCUUCCAUAAUAAGGAAUUUAGCAAUUGUAAGCGUGCCUGUAAAUGAUAAUAAUACAUAGGUCAUAAAUUCAACCCUUGAUAUAAUGCAAAAAUUAACUAGUUCCUUGCUUCCAGUACUUAAAAAUUAUUUAUUUUCUUUUAUUAUAUUAAAUAGGGUACAAUGAAA